CACUAUAUCAAGCCCCCUUCUCCCCCUUCCUUUUUACCUAAACCCUACGUACUUACACUUCCAGUUCUAAGGAAGACGACUGUGAAAGCUCUGUUGCUAUCGCAGUUGUCAUUCCUCCAACUCACUCAUAUAAUUCACACUUCAAAAUUUUCUAAAAUAAAAGAUUUUGGUUUAGUUUCGCGUACCUGUUGACUCCGAAGAACACAAUCAGAUAAUUGGAGUUGAAGAGAGUGAUCAGUGAUGGAUAUGUAUGGAAUGUCAUCGGCCGGACAAGAUUAUUUAGGCGUUGACGAGCUCUUUGACUUUUCCGGUGACCGGGAUGACGUUUUCUCCUCUUCCGCCGUCAAUGCCACCGACGUAUUCCACAAUAUCACCGCCUCCGGCAGCCAGUUCCAGUACAGUUUCAAUAAUAAUAAUACCAACACUACGAAUUACCACCACCAAUCCACCGACUUCACCGAUCAUUUCUGCGUUCCGAGUGAUGACGUGGCGGAGCUCGAAUGGCUAUCGAGAUUCGUCGACGAUUCGUUCAGCGACUUUCCGACGAAUAACAUAGCCGGAACUAUAAACUUCCGACCGCAGAACACGUCGUUUCACAGCAGAUCAAGGAGUAAGAGAACCAGAGCACCGUCAAAUAACAACAGCUGGACAUCAACACCACCGGUACCCACCACUCCGAUCUCUGAAACAUCGAAAACUUCUUCAUCCUGCGAAACGACGUCGGAAUCCGGCGUCAUUAGACGCUGUACUCACUGCGCUUCGGAGAAGACGCCACAAUGGAGAACCGGUCCGUUAGGUCCGAAGACGUUAUGCAACGCCUGCGGUGUGAGGUUCAAAUCAGGGCGGUUGGUUCCGGAGUAUCGUCCGGCGGCGAGCCCGACGUUUGUGUUAACUCAACACUCAAACUCUCACCGGAAAGUAAUGGAGCUCCGUCGGCAAAAGGAGGUGAUGGUAGGAGGCCAGCACUACCAGCACCACCACUACCAACAACAACAGCAGCAACUACUGCCUUCGGAACACCAAAUCUACGGCGGAGCACACCACCGCCACCGGGAGCAACAACAACUGCAUCAUGGCAGCAACUACGAGGUCUGCUGACGUUAGUCCGUACCGUAAACGGCCAGGAAACGCGUAAUCUGUUAUAAAAAUAUUUGCUGGAUAAGAAGAAAUCUAUAAAAUUGUA